AGCCGCAGGCACUAGCUCGCAGCUACGAAACCAUUCAUGAUUUUGGUGACGUUAUUCCAGUUGUGGGGGGAGGGAAGGCGGGGCCUCUGGGGCCAAAGGCCCGCCCCCCCCCAACUCCUAUAAAUAAGGCUUCCUGGGCUCUUUGUGGGGCUGAGAGCUCAUUGGGAAGGUAAUCGGCACGUCUGUUUGGCUAUCCUUUCCUCCGGGUAGUGGUUGAGAACUGUGGGAGCCAGUGCGCCUGAGAUCUUGCCCUUCGGAGGGGGUGUCCCGGGACAGUGAAUCCCUCCGUUGCUGCUAAAAGCUCGAGACAACUGCUGGGCGCUGGGCCACUGCAGUGCCCUCUUUCCUUUGGCCCAGGGACCUUUUUUUAAAUACCCAAGGGCGUGGGUCAGCCUCCCUUAGGACUUCAUGUCUGUAUAUUUCCUCAUUCACUGCCCUGAUUAUCUGAGAUCAGCUGACAUGACUGAGGUGAUGAUGAGCACCCCAUCUAUGGAUGAGAUCGGGCUGAAUACCCGGAAGGAUGGCAUCUCCUAUCAGAUCUUUCCUGAUCCCUCAGACUUCGAUCGCUACUGCAAACUGAAGGACCGCCUGCCUUCCAUUGUGGUGGAGCCCACAGAGGGAGAAGUGGAAAGUGGGGAGCUAAGAUGGCCCCCAGAGGAGUUCUUGGUCCAAGAAGAUGAGAAAGAAACCAGUAAAGAAACAGAGAACGAGAAGAAGGAGCAGUAAAUCUAUUGAAGGCACCCAAAGGGGGCAAAAAAAAAAAUACAUCUGAACUGUAUUUUUUUUUCCCAUCAUGGUGGAAAAUGAGUGAGCCACAGUAGUUCUGAAAAUGUCCAAUGACAGCUUCAAUUUUGCACCUGCGAGAUCACUGGGUUGGUUUUCUUUUCUUUUCUUCUUCUUCUUCUUCUUUUUGAUAUGUAUAUUUUUUUUCCGAAAGAAAUGUGUCCAGCAGCUGAGUCCUCACUGCAAAGAUCAGCAAGGCCUUCUGAGAAAGGAAGUCACUUAACUGGGGUUGGGGAAGUGUCUGCUGCUUUGAGAUCACUAUCUGAACUCUGCAUAGUCUUGAGGAGUUGUGAUAUUCCAGGGGGGUUGGUAAAAGGCAGAACAAGUAAGGAACAUUUAGAGGCAAAAAAACAAAUGACAGAAAUAAGAGAAAAUAGAGGUUUUAAGAAAACACUCAGCAACGACAUACAGCCAGAAAGCAUUCAGAGGGGACUAGUGCUGGCUCAAAAGUACAUCCAUAGAUAGAGUCGUCAUCUCUCUCUCUCUCCUGUUUUUUCUCUUUUCCCCCUUUUGUUUCUCUUCAGAGUAUAUUUGAGUGAGUUAACAAGUGAGGAGGGGAAACAGACCACACUGGGGGCUCACCAAUGGCAAAGGCAAAGAGAGCUGUGGGGCAAGCAUGUGGCUAAGUCCCUUGAUCGCUUCCCCUUUUUCCUCCUCCUCCCCCCCCCCCCCAUCUCCACCUUCCUCUCAUAUAGGACCUUUCCCAGUGUUUAUCUGUUUUUUUGUUUUGUGGUGGGGAGGGCAAGGCUUUCUGGGUCCAUAUCCUGAACUAUCCCUCCCUUUUUGUUCUUGGUGACCCGUCAUCCUGUGUCCUUUGGGAGGGGAUAGGGAGGAGAAAGGCAUGAUAAGAUGGGUCCCUUGCCCUUCUCAGGAUGGAAGGCGCAUGACAGUGUUCCUCUCUCCUCUUAUUCUAAAAGUCCAAGCAGGAGGUUUGGGAAGGCCUUGGUUCCCUUUCUUUCAUUAACCCUUUCUUCCAAAGCCCCUGUACCAGUCUCUGGGCUGAAUCCUCUGCCUCUUCACACCUGUUUGAUUCUAGCCAGUCUGAGUAGCUAGAUCACUUACUAUUGGCCUCCAGCCUACUUUUCACCUGGAAUAUUCUUCCUCCUUUUUAUGAGAAGGGGAGGAGUGAGGGGAGGGAAAACCUUUCCCGCCCUGGGGUUGUUUUUAGGUGGGAGAUGAAGUUUCCUUCUGGUCCUGAGGGCCAGAAUAGCCUGGGACUUAGAGGAGUGUGGGUUGGGGAAGGGAGGAAGGAGGGAAGGAGUGAGUGGGGUGACAUGUGGUGGGUCGAAUGCCAGCAGUACUCUGUUGGAAAUGAGAGGGUGUCAUGAGAUGCCUUACAGCUUUCCAAGUCCUGGAGAGAGGUAGGGUGUGUGUGUGUGUGUGUGCACGUGCAUGCGUGCGCGCGCUGAGGAGGCUCCAGAAAGGAAAGGAUGUUAUAUUCAGACCUGUGUUCUCCCCUCACUCCCCCUAAUUCUGCUACCCCCACCUCCUUCCUCUCACCCUCCUUGGCCUCUCAUCUGGAAGGGCAACUUCCACAGGACCAGUGGCAGCUCACUUAUGAGCUGGCCACGGUGAGGGGCCCUGCCAGGGUCCGAAGAACAAAUUAUAGAAACAUUUCCAUCUUGUUGCCAGGUCCUCUCUGGCUUCCACAGAGGCUAAGAGAGGCAGCAGAUGCUACGGAACAAGGCUUCAAAGCUUUCCUUGGGUAUGAUGAGGGAACCCAAGGCACUUGACCAUUGCCUCCCUAUUUCCAGUCAGUCCUAUUUCAGCCCUUAGUCUUGGACUUAGUAUGUAAUAUAUUUGUAUUUAAUACCUCAUGGGUAGUAUGGUGUUAGGGAAGGCUGGGGAAAGGUAUUGCUUUUAUAGGUCAGCCAGACCAGGUUUGAGGAGUAUCUCCCCCCUCUUUUUCCCACAACCCCCAUCUCAUCUGCUUGUAUUAUAAACAUUGAUGGCAAUAACUUUUAGUUCCAUACUGUGGCAACAGGCCAGCAAGUGGGGGGAGGGAGGAGAAGAUGACCCACUCCCUGCAGUUUCUGCUGGUGACCCAUGAUAGGUCUGCCUCUUUCUCUCUCUAGUUGUGGUUUGGUGGCAAAGAGCCAGUCACCUCUGUCGUGUAUUCCCCGCUGUAGUUUUGAUCAUCCUUCAGCUCCUGUGGAGGGGAGACUUGGGGACUCACCUAGUGACUCCUUGUCUUUUUAAAUCCCUCAAUGGGGUGGGUAGGCAGCCUUCCCCUCCUUCCCAUUUGCUACCUGUUAUCAUCUGUCCCAGUCUCGCUGUGUGAAGAAAUGUGCUUUUGUACACUGCAUAACAAACCUAUUUUGUGUGUGUGUGUAUGUAUGUUUAUGGCUGGUGGGUUAUUAUCCUUCUGGUCUUGAGACCGUUCUCUACCACCAUUUGUAAUUCUGAGCAGGCGAGGGGCCGACAGCCAGCAUAGGCCAGGAUCUUCAGAAGGGUCAGCCCCACCGGGUUGAUCCCAUCUACCCUUGGAAGAAACUAUGCUCUUUAUCCGGCCUCUGUGUUGUUGUGGGUUUUUGUUUGUUGUUAUUGUUGUUGUUGUUGUUUCCCCCCUUUUAGAAGUAAUUUGUGUGUAUUUCUAACUGAAUGUAUCAAAAAAAAAAAAAACUUCAGUAAAAAACGCCUGUUGUUUGAUGAACUUUCUGUAACUUCUGUCUGUUCUUUUUUGAGGCUCAGGGAGAAACUAGCAUUUUUUUUUCCAAAACUACUUUUUGUCACUGUGACAGUUGUAAAUAAAGUUUGA